GAAAAUCAAAGUUUUCAAGAACCAAAUGAAAAGAUUUGUUUUGGCCUAAAAGAUGGAGAUGCAUUCGUUGCCGGAAGAAGCUCUAACUGAGAUUCUGGUGAAGUUGCCGAUUAGGUCAGUGUUAAGGUGUAUUAGCGUUUGUAAGACAUGGAAGGCUUUGAUCAGGAACCCUUAUUUUGCUGACUACCAUCUCAAAAACCACCAAGACAACAAAGAUGAUAUGGUAUUAAUCAGACAACUCAAGUAUGAGAAUCUUCGGUGCAUAAGCCAAGAUUUGUUCUUGACCCGUGAUGAUCAUCACAAGAAACUGCAUCUUUUGUUUCCCCGACUCGAAUUGCCUAAUCCUGAUCAGGUAGUAUACGCCAGAGGAUCCUGCAAUGGAAUCCUUUGCUUUUCGGACAUACAUUGCAGAUUCGUUUAUCUGUGUAAUCCCAUCACUCGCGAAUGUUUCACACUUCCUGAAUCAACUUUGGCUGAUCCGGGUUGUCCCUUAGUUGAAUUGGGAUUUGGUUUUGAUCCUUAUACUAAGGAUUAUAAGGUCAUUGCGAUUUUAGAGAGGAAUCCAGGGCCAGUUUGGAUACAAAUUUACAAGCUCAGUACUAAUUGCUGGAGUAGGGUGGACAUUGAUGAGUUGGAAAAUGGUGUUUUUUCCAUCAAUGGUGCUGGUUCUGGAGUAUUCUUCAAGGGUAUUCUUCACUGGUGGAUGGGAAGCCGCUUAAGACUUAAUGAUCAUGUCCUCACCUUUGAUUUACAUGCUGAAAGAUUUGGAAGUAUAGAAUGUCCAAACUUGUUCGACAACCCUAAUUCGAUAUUAACUGUCUUGGGUGGCGAUUCGCUAGCACUUGUUUCGAUGGUAAAAAGGGCACAUGAUGGAUAUGCAUUUCGUGUGUGGGUAAUGAAGGAAUAUGGAAACCAUGAGUCUUGGACACAUAAAUAUACCAUUGCGCAAUUUCUAGCAGAUUAUUGCAGACCAUUUUGGCAUGAGCCUUCAGGAGAGUACCACAUACCAUCUUGGCGUCAUUUGACUUGUUGGAAUGGUGACGAGCUUUUACUAGUUAAUCUGGAAGACCAGGAACAGAUGGUCUCUUACAAACUCUUCCAGAAGAAUGAUUUUACUACUACACAAGAACAAUGUAAGGAGGUUGACAUUGGUCGCGACCUUCUCAAAUCUCACAUCAACCCGAGAGUCAUCAAAUUUCAACCGAGUUUGGAAUCUAUCAGCAGAAGAAGAAAUUAUUUUCUUUGA